UCCUCUCCAUCUCUUCCUCUCCAAAUCACUGUCUCCAACUCUCCCUCCACCUCUCCCCUCUCCGUCUCCCCUUCCACCAUGAGCCUGAGGUCCAAGCAUAUCUCCAGCUCCAGUGACCAGCACAGCAGCCCUCUCCACUCUGUCUCAGUCAACAUGAGCCUGCUGGCCCCCCUCAAUCUGGAGAUCGACCCCGACCUGCAGGUCGCCCGCAUCCAUGAGAAGGACCAAAUCAAGGACCUCAACAACCGCUUCGCCUCCUUCAUCGACAAGGUGCGUUUCCUGGAGCAGCAGAACAAGAUGUUAGAGACUAAGUUUGACCUGCUGCACGGUAAGCAGACGGGCCGCUCCAACAUCGAGCCGCUGUUCCAGGCCUACAUGGCCAACCUCCGCCGCCAGAUGGACCUGGUCAACAACGACAAGACCAAGCUGGACGGAGAGCUGAGGAACAUGCAAGGUCUGGUGGAGGACUUCAAACACAAAUACGAAGACGAGAUCAACAAGAGACAAAAUAUGGAGAACGAAUUUGUGAAUCUGAAAAAGGAUGUGGACUCAGCACACAUGGUGGAGGCAGACCUGGGAGACAAGGUGGGAGCUCUGACUAAUGAGAUCAACUUCCUCAGGUUCAUCUAUGAAGAGGAGCUGCGUGAGCUGCAGGCCAGUAUCAGGGACACCUCUGUGGUGGUACAGAUAGACAACAGUCGUGACCUCAACAUGGACCAGAUAGUGGCUGACGUCAAGGCUCAGUACGAGGACAUCGCUGUUAAGAGCCGAGAGGAGGCUGAGAUGUGGUACAAGUCCAAGUUGGACCAGAUGGCCAUCCAGGCCACGCAGUAUGGAGACGAGCUGAGGAGCACCAAGGGAGAGACAGCCGAAAUCAACCGCUUGAUCGUCCGUGUGCAGAGUGAGAUAGAGGCUGUCAAACAACAGCGUGCCAACCUGGAGAACCAGAUAGCUGAUGCUGAAGGCCGUGGGGAGCUGGCUGUGAAGGAGGCCAAGUCCAAGAUCAGAGAUCUGGAGGAUGCUCUGCAGAGGGCCAAGCAAGACAUGGUCAAGCAGCUCAGAGAGUACCAGGACCUGAUGAACGUCAAGCUGGCCCUGGACAUAGAGAUAGCCACCUACAGAAAACUACUGGAGGGAGAGGAGAGCAGGAUUGGACAUCAAUCUAUUGUCAAUUUCCAGUCGGUGUCCAGCUACAGUUCUAAGAGUAGCAGUAACAAAUACCACAGCAGCUUCAGCUCCUCAACACCCAAACUGCUGAUUAAAACGAUUGAACAAAAAGGCAGCUCCAGAUUCAGCUUUCACUGAAGAGCCCUCAGAUCCUUCUGGCUGUGGAUGAAGAACCAUUACCAGUAUAGAAGAGUUUAUAUCACAUCUCUUUCACAUGUAUUGCUUCUUUUGUUUAUGUGCAUGGAGAGUAUACCAUAAGAUUAUGAUUCACGAUCUAAUAGUUUUGAUUUUGUAGCUAGUUGUUUGUAGCUAGAUGUUU